AUGACCACAGCUAAAGUAAGCAGCAAGAAAUGGAUUAGUGAAGAGACUGCGGACGAAGAGAAUGUAUUCAGCCAUUGUAGAGAGAUGGAAAUUGUUUGUUAUGCCGCCACAAAAAUUAUAUUAGACUUGGAUUACAAAUGGAAAGGUUCGCCGGAGAAGACGUUCGGGCAUUCCCUAUCCAACCGCAGUUAUAUAAUGGAAUUGGUCAAUAUACAGGUGCUUGAUCAGAUGAUUGAGUAUUUAAAUAAAUUAGUAAGGUCAUUUUAUAAACUGAACCCCAAAUUAGCAAGGCUGAAGAAGGAAGACGGACUGAUAAUGAGUAAGCACGAUCACAUGUUCGAUAAGCUAUGCGGAUGCCGCUUCGUAAUGUUGCAAGCGAUUAACGGCCUUAUCCAUACUAUACUAAGCAACUGUCUACAUCGAGAGGACUCUAGGAAGAUGAUCGAAUCCUGUUUGAGUUUAGUAUCGAUACAUAAUCAGCUGCUCGGUUUAAGCUAUAAAAAGUUUGCGGCGAAGUUUAAUGUAUGCAGUAAUACCUACCCUAACACCAUAAGCGAAACGAAAAAUAUAACCCUCACCAAAAUUGUUCAGAUCCUAGCCAAGAGCCGAGUAGAAAUCAAUUGCCACCGGCUUAUAAAUUGUCUGGUAAAAGUUUACAAGCCUGAAGACAAUUCUGACAACGAGUCCGGUUCUAGUACUGCUGAAAGUUUGGAAAUAUACCACACUUUAACAAAACAUAUAACGCCACCUACGUCAACCGUAUCCCGGGAGAUGUCUCUGGAGAAACGUCGGGAGGCGUUCAUAGAGAACAAGAAGGCGAAAAUGAAGCAAGCCCGUAGUUUGAUCGAUUUGAAGAACCAACAUAAUAAAAAACUAAGCGAGAUCCUGAACGGACAGAACUCUGACUGUGACGUCACUUAUGCUUCCUUGCUCACCAACGAAUGCAUUCUAGAUAUGUUUAAUAAUGAAGAUAAUGUAAACGCAAUAUUACAAAGUGAAGAAUUGUAUAUAGAAAUACUAUUGGAUACAGUGGCUAAUAUGUCACCUAAUUUGCUGGGAAAUAAUGGCACGAGGAAAUUGAAAUCAGGUCGUAUGCAAGCUAGUAAAAAAGCGGCCCAUAAAGUUACCGAGUAUUAUCAAAACGUACUGUGGGGCGACGUGGGCAGCUGUCUUGAACACUUAUUGCUGUGGUGGUCGGCAUUUCCUUUGGCUAUCAGAUCACCAAACACAAGUCAAAAUCUACGUGAAUGGUUAUUCGGUACUUUCAAUGUAAACAACACUCCGGAAUUGAUUUUGUCUGCAUUGAGGAUAUUAGCUGAUGCGUUGGGUUGCCAUGUUACCACUACAUCCUGGGAUAAACAUUUUGGGGCAACUUUAACGACAAACUUGAAACCGACAUCGUUGAAGGGUCACCCCGACUUAUCACUUUACAUAACAGAGUGCACAACAUCUGGUGCUCACUUCGCUAUAAUGUUACAAGAACUAGUUAGACUAAACAAUCAAUGUGAGGUAACGUGGGAUUACAUACUAGGAGCUCCUUUAGAAGACUUGCCUAUCGUCGAACAGAUACCUAUAUUGCACAGAUUAGAUCAUUCUAUCCACACGUACCGGUUAUGGUGCGUGGGCGAGACCCGUCGCUUGUCCAACGCGUGGGACAUGGGCGGGUUCUUCCGCGUGGCCCACAACGAUAUGCGCACGUGUACUGAACAACUACAAGACUUACGCUUCGCCGACCAUACAGCCACCAUAGAAGACGGCAAAAUUGGUGUCCAUGAAAACGUUUGUGCGAAAAUGAGAGAAAAAUUGGUAUCAGAAGUAAAGGCCAAUAUACAAAAACUUAAGGAGGCGACGGACGAAAUAAUGUCAGUUUUGUCUAGUGUUUGUGCGACCACUAGUCUGGCGCAUCUCACUAUGAUAUUCCCAUCUAAUGCUGCUUGGCGACGAAUCACCUGCACAGAUCCUGCCUUCUCUGUCUACGUUCACGACUUUCUAGAUAAAAUGUUACUACCGGUUGUGAACGCUACACAGGACAUAACUACCCUAAAUAUGGUGUUACGGAUAAUGUGCGAAUCUUGGCUACAUCACAUUUAUGUCGCCAAAGUUAGAUUUAGUAAAGAAGCAGCGGCACAAUUACUCACAGAUUUUAAUGAAGUAAGAAAUUGGUUAAAUGAAUGCAAAUCCUUGUCGAGCGCCGCAAGGAAGCAGAUGUUACAAAAUGAAGUAUUGAGACGAUGUGAAGGCGUUGGUCGUCUGUUACUACACGCUCCCGGAGAUUUAAUAUCAAUGCAAGACUCUACAAUGCAGUCCGCUCAUCAAAUCAGAAGGGAUGCAUCGGAGAGUGAGUGCGGUGAACAAUUAAUGCCGGCGGAAAUGUACGUGCCCAAUCAGAAGCAAUGGCUGCAGUUGCGCGCGCGCACUUUACACGGACCGUUAGCUUUCUCAUUAUGCUGUCUGGUGUUAUGUUGA